AUGACUAGUGAUAUGGAAUGGUCCCCAGAUUUCUGUCUUGCUUGUGACAAGCAAACAGAUGGCAGAGUAGCAUCGUCGAAUGCAGGUUCAACAGCAUCCUCCCCGACUUCCCCUCGAGGCCCCUUCUCGUGGCCAACCAGAAGGCCGUCGAAUACUGCCUUCUACCUCGAACCAGCCUACAACUUUGGCAAUGCACAACCCUAUGGUACAACUUCUUCACCACAAUCCUCCACCUUCUACCAGCCAUCGAGGCCACAAACAUCACCUGUACCCUUCACCUCAAGGUCUGCUUUGACGCCUUCGAGCUCCCAGUCCAGCCUCUUUUCUCUCCAAAGCUCAACAUCUUCUAUGACUUCGGAACCAAGUCAGCUCUCCGAUGAGUCAAAGAAGGCUCUAAGGGCAUACGCAAGCUCGUUCGAUCAGUCACGAAAUUCAAGGCGACAAUCGACCCACUAG